AUGUCCUCCUUCGCCCUAUACCCCUCCUUCCUCUUCAUCUCUCUCUUCAGAAAUCUGGAGUCUGCGCGAGUUGCCCUGUCCGACCCGAACCUUCUGGACAGUUUCUUCAAAGAAUGGAACGCGACUUUGGACUUCGUCGAUUGCGCGAAGCAGAUUGGCUGCAGCACGGACUUUCCUCGCCAGCUUCCGCUUCAUGGGGUGAACAUCCUGAUGAUAGGAGAGACAGGAGCCGGGAAAUCUCUGCUGGUCAAAGUCAUCACAGGCGACAACUCUAUCGUUACGUCGUCGACCCACUGCGGAACGACCUGCGAGCUGAGACACAAGUCUGAGUGCGGACUGAGAUGGAUCGACACUCCAGGUUUCAAACUCCCGCUUUCCCCUGAGGAGGCGGAAAAGAAAGAACAGUCGUGGUGGGAAAAGCAGAAGACACAUUUCACCUGGUCAAGAUGGCUGCAGAGGAUCACCACUCUGAUGACCAAAAGAGAUCUCAAAGUUCGCCCCCUAGUGGCCGUUUACUGUCACCGAGCAAGCAGUCGCGUCAUACCGCAGCGAAUGCUGGAGAUCUUCAAAAUCCCUCACUCCAUGCAGGUUCCGCUCAUUCUGGCAAUCACGGAUGUUUGUAGUGUGGAUGACAGCGCGUUGGCUGAAAUCAGGACCGCAUUCAAGGAUGUCAUAAUGCAGCUGGGAUACAAUGGUCUUGGCAAGCCGGCCUCCCUCAUCGAGAUCAACAGCGAAGAGAAGACGGUCAGAGGACACAGAUACAAGGUUACGGGAGUGAAGAAUCUUAUCGAAGAGAUUCUCAACCAUCUUGACCCCCGAGCAUG